AUGGAGUCAUCGACCGUCGAUCCACCCGAAGCUCAAUCGCAACCUCUUCCAUCCUCUUCUUCAUUGAAUAUUAGAGACCAACCACCUGACAUUAACACCACGGCAGCAUCAUCACUUCCUCCCGAAACGAGUUUUUCACAACAAAAAUUCGCCUAUGAAGGAUUAGCCCCAUUUCUUGAACAUGCCAAAGAAGAUGGACUUGAAUUUACAUUUUUCACACAUGAAUUCCUUCAACGUCAUUGGUGGAGUUUUUUCUAUUUAAUUAUGGAUGGUUUUGGAUGGUUGAUAGGUCCAUUAUAUUGUUUUUCGAAUUUAUUGAUGAGGUAUUGGAGAAAAAAAGUUUGUGGAGUUUGUGUGACGAGGAAGAAUGUGGCAGAUCGAAUUGAAGUAUUGGGAUGUUUGAUGUGUCAUCGAUUUGAUUGGUUAGGAACCAAAUAUUUGAUUGUUUCGUUGAUUUGUGUGAAAAAACGAUUUCGACAACAGUUUUUCGCCACAGCCAUGGUCGAUUUUUUAACCUAUAAUUUCAAAAAACAAUUACCAUUUUCAGAAAUUGACGUGGUCAUGGUUUCUGAUGUCGACGCCUACGACAGUCCCUCAUGGUUCCUAUGUAAUAGAGCCAAUUUACAAGUGUGGCCUUUUAUGCAACAGCUUAGUUGGUGGCGAUUUUUUUAUCCUUUCACAUUAUUCAUUAUUCCACAUUACAUUCCAGGAAAAUUUAUCCGAGCAAGAAUCCUUAAUGCCACACCUCCUUCGUCACAUCACGACGAAUCUGCCACUGCUGUAACCACCUCGAAAACUACCACAACCUUGCCAAAAACAAAAUCCAAAACCACUCUUGCCCUCGAAAAAGUUUCUCAUUUUGUAAAAUCCUGUUUUUCACCUCAAGGAGAACGACGUUAUUACAUUGCUGCAGAAAAUGUUGGAUUUUACAGCUUUCUCGUUUCCACUCUAUUUGGAAUGCUCUUUCUCUUUCUCGGUCGACAAAUGGUCAACGAUGUGUAUAAUCUCAACCUAAUUCGACAUCAUUUAGGUGCAGGUGAAGCUUUGAAUUCAGACUCGAAACGAAUUUACAAACUCGUUCCUUAUCAUGAAGCAAGUUAUGGCCAAAGUUACAACUCUCACGAAAAACACUCCACCAUAUUUUCAUGGCUCUAUUUGGAUAUAUUGGUUGCAUUGACCUAUGCAUUUAUUUUCCCCAUCACAAAAUUUGUGUGUGUGAAUUUGACUUCCUUACUCAUCAAGAAGAAGUUUUGUUUAUUUCGAUGUUACGAUACCAUGGCAUUUGCAUUCGGAAUUCGAACUGUAUUCACAGGCUCUCCCAUUACCUUACCAUUUAUAGGAGGUUACUAUAUUGCAGAUCCAUCUUUUAAUUACAGAACUCCAAAAGGACGAAAAACCAUCUUUCUCAUUGGAUUACCCUUUGUCCUAUUAUGUUUAAUGUUAUUAUUUGUCGUGACAGUUCCCUUAUUAAUUUUUAGAUUUCACGAUUAUGUGAGUUUUUAUGAACGAGAACAAGACAGUUGGUUCGUAUGGUAUUGUUGGUUAGGUUUCUUUGCAGCGUUUUAUUCCAUGUUUGAAUGUUUUUGUGUUGUCUUUCCAUCGAGUGCUUCGUAUCACUUGUUGAGAUAUAGUAAGGUAUGGACGGUGGUGAUUAUGAUGGUGUGUGUCGUGUUGGUAGCUGGGUUUUUUACAGGAUUACAACGAUGGUUGUAG